CAGCGCGGGUGAGGAAGCGCUGCGACCAUUUUAUUUCCUGUGCUCACGGUCGUGCUGUUUAAGGCAGUGGUUGCGUCGCUGGAUGGCUGCGUCAUGGGCCGGGGGGGCGUAAGCCUGCCUGAGAGGGCAGCAGCCGCUGCGCUACGUUCCCGAUCCUCGUCAAAAAGUCUCGAAGGGGUGAGUUUUUCAGAGUUGUGGAAAGCCCUGCGACCAGGAGGGUCCUUGCAGCAGCAGACAGCUCCAGGGGCCGUUCCUGCGCCCGUCAGUAAAAGGUUCUGAUGACCCCUGCGUGAGCAGGGUCCCUCACACCCGCGCGCAGGAUGGAGCCCCGGCGCCCGGUCGCAGCGAUGACGGGGAAUGGGAUAGUGCAGCCAUCGCUCCUGUGCUGUGAAGAGAUGAAAAGCGAGAUCGUGGGCACGUUUUUCAAUGCACUCAGUGCUUAAGAGCGUAAUUAUCCAGACCUGAGGCAGAUUACAGCUCCCUCAGUGAAAGUCUGUAUAAUCCUUUUUAUUGUGCCAAAAGCCCAUAAAAGAACCAAAGCCGAGACCGGUCACGCUUAACCGCGGGACCUUGACCUGGACCACGAGCCCGUGCUCUGCUCGACCUGCCAUGUCCUGGUCCAGCGCGCCACGGCAGGAGGGGAUGCAGCAGCAGGAGGGGAUGCGGCGGCCGGAGGGGAUGCGGCGGCAGGAGGGGAUGCGGCGGCAGCAGGACGCGGAGGAUGCAGCGUGUGUCAGCGCGGCCCAGCUGAGGGCAAACCCAUGGCCCCUGCAUCAGCCCAGAGGCCCCGUCCUGAGUUUUGCCCUGAGACUCCUCUCCUUGGACCAGGCAGAGAAGAGCAAGCGGCUCCAGAGCCCUUCCCCGGGGGCUUUGCUUUCUGAUGGCAAAGCAGCAGGUGAUGCAUCGAGGUUGCGUCUCGGCGUGAAGUCUCAGAGGGUCUGCGGUCAGCGGCGGAUUUUGCCAGUCGUUUCAGGCCGGCAGCACCUUCCCGCAAAGCUCCAAGCAGCGUGUCCCCAGGUGUCAUUUCCAGUAAACGUCAUCAACGCAAACGUCCUUUGGCUUUGUGUCUGUCAGUCACGUCCGUCUAACAUUUAAUUCUGCUUUAUUUAUACUCUGUCUUCUAACAGGCUCUCAGCAAAUCCAAAGAGAAAAGUUAUAAACACUCUGAAACUCUCUUUUACUUGGUAAACUUCUGGCUGCUUUGGCUUUGUAAAAAAUGAGCUUCCUGAUCCCUAAUAAAACACAGCGGGGAGAGGCGAAAUAAAUGUGAAUUAGGCUGAUGACA